ACCAAUUUUUUAUUAUCAUUCAUUGUUUGCAAAUGAGCAAUUUUGAUUCCGACUGUUGACGACGACGACUGCGGCCAUGGACGAUCUCAACACCAACACCAACGGCGGUGGCGGAGCAAAUGAAAACGACGACGGAUUAUCGGUAACGAGAAAGAAGCUUAACACAAAGGAGUUCCGAUCAGUAGUAAUAGGAAAAGGAAAACCGUUGAUCGUUGCGAUGUGUGGCACUUUGAUCUACUAUCACUGUGCCUAUCGUAAUUCAAGCAUCGUUUCACUUGUUUCCGACGUCUUCAUCGUUCUUCUCUGUUCGCUCGCUAUUCUCGGACUCCUUUUCCGCCAGAUGAACAUCCAAGUGCCCGUGGAUCCCUUGGAAUGGCAGAUAUCUCAGGAUAGUGCAAACACCUUCUUUGCGUGUUUGGCUAAUACCGUAGGUGCAGCUGAAUCUGUUCUUCGGGUUGCUGCAACUGGCCAUGAUAAACGCCUAUUUCUAAAGGUGGUUGUCAUUCUUUAUAUGCUAUCAGCUUUGGGAAGAUUGGUCUCAGGUGUUACUGUUGCUUAUGCUGGAGUGAGCUUGUUUUGUCUGUACAUUCUUGCUGAAAAUUCGUCGUUGUUUGGGACGUGCUCAUCAAAAUUUAGCUGGAGAAGUGAUAGUCCAAAUGAUGUGGUAGAUAACUCAUGAUAUUCAACACUCCCUGUAAUCACUGCAUGUUCUGCAAAGUAGGUAUUUUUUUCCAUUCCGCGCUCAUAACAUUUCAAGGAUUAUGUAACCAAGUUUACAUUAGAAAAGCCUUACGGGAUCUUUGUAUCCAACUUCAGAUUAAACAUCAAGACAUGUUUGGUCUGAUUAGCUGAUUUAUCAUAGUUUUCUUCAAAUUCUUGAAA